CAUUUUUAGUUAUAAAACAUGACGUUGUUUUUCUAAGAAAUGACUUGACAGACAUCUGAACUGCCGAUCAGCCCUGAACUUCCUCGUUUGAGGGGUUUGUCAGCUGCUUGCGUGAAUGACCCUUCCUGCCUUUAGUUCCUCUUCUUUCUUUUAACUUCUACAUUCUGUGUUCUUAUAGCAAACCUCUUCCUCUUCUGCUUUUUAACGGUGCAUCGCUGCAUCUCCUGAAGCAUCACCUUUACAAACGCUCGAUCGGUGCAGUAGUGGAAACCACUGGCAGGAUUUAUUUCACCUGAUUGAGCAUCUAAUCAACCAGCUCAUAGUAAAGUUACUCCUGGUGGUCAGAAACUCCACUGAGUCCCUUUUUUAAAUUCUGUAUUUUGUACAAAUUCCACCUUCCUUCCUCCCCUUUGUAUUACACGUCUCCGUACUGUGUCCCAUCACAUUGACCCCCCUCCACCAGGUGGGGGCUGGACGGAUCCAGAGUUGGCGGACUUCGAGCUGCUGGUGAUCAUGAGCGCCACGAUUGAACCGACCUCGGCCACCUCCCAGGUGCGCACCUCCUACCUGCCGGAUGAGAUCCUCUGGGGCUACGAGUUCCCCCCCGUGGUCUCCCUCUCCCCAUCGGGGAAGUACGUGGCGGACUUCGGUUUCUUCGACAAAGUGGCCAAGACCAAGACGGCGCCCGUCUUCAAACCGUGCAGCCCGCAGCGCGCGUACCAGAGCAACGGGGCCGGGCCCGUGCCAGAUGUGUCCGAUCCAGAGAAGAUCCGUCUGGAGCAGAACUACCGGGACAGAGGGGGGGAACGAGGCCGGGCGAGAGACACUCCCCUCAGUGUUCGCAUCAGCAACGUGUGAACGGUGACGGAGUGGAAGGAAACAUCACGUGGAAACAGCUCGGACACUUUUAGACUGAAUAGAACCUCUGGACGACGUCUGGGGAGAU